AUGUCAACAGACGAAGUAGACGAGCUGGUAGAUAUAGAUAAACUCCUAGUAUUAAUUGAGGCGAGGCCAGUGAUAUAUAAUAUCACUAGAAAGGACCACCACAAUCAAGAUGCCUUAGCCAAAGCCUGGCAGGAAAUAGGAAAAGAUUUGAAUGUCUCAAGUGCUGAGUGCAAACACAAGUGGCACAAUGUAAGGCCUUCUUACGCUAGAUACCUGCCGGACAUCAAGAAAAUGCCGAGUGGCUCAGGAGGAAAGAAAAAGAAAUGGCAUUUAGCAGAAGCAAUGAGUUUUUUGCAGCCUUACAUGGGCCCAACAAACAAAAAUACAUGCAGCAACGUUAGCCGCAAACGUUUACAUCAAGACGGGGACGUACAACCCCAUAAUGAAGACACUGAAACAGAAGUAGAUGAUAACACACACCUGGCCAUUAACACACAAGACGUUGAUGACUCUCAAACUGAAGUUGUGUCUGGUGAAACAGUUGUUGCCAACGACAAUUUCGAAAGCAAUGAGGAAAUAAAUCCUAGAAAGAAGAGAAACUUGGUGACUGUCGAUCGCACAAACAAGAUUGUCAACGUCAUGGUCAUCGACGAGGACGGUUGGCUGUCUGUGACAGCGGUUAGGGAGAGGCUGCUCGAGUACGAGUCGCUUUGGCUGAGCUUAAGCAAAUAUUAA